CUUUGUUCAUAAAUCAUUUAUUCCAUCAUGGCGUAUUCUUAUGUUUCUGGAUUAAGUUGUUUGAUGUUACAGACAUAUCAGCAAAGCAACUCUCAAAUGCUUGCCAGUUGUUGCUUAACAAAAUUUCCAACUGUGCAGCAAGCUCACUAGUCAUCAGAAGGGUUAUCAAAUUGUAUGCUUUGCCUUUGAAAGAGCCUUUCGAUCUUGUACUGCACGAUAACUUAAUUUCACAGAAAUAAUCUGCGCGCACUUCCUGAAUCUGAUAGAAAGCCCAAGGAUCCCUAUGUAACAACCACAAUUGAAAUGCAACACAGCACUUCUUACAACCAUACCAAUCUUGCACAGCUUAUUUGUAUCACAGCAAUGAUUUGAUUGAUGUACAAUGGUAAGUGUGUGUGCCAUUUUAACACUAGCCAAUUCUACAACUUAUACACGAUAUAGAGUGGAGAAACAAGCAAGCUCAACAAGAAAUGUGAAGUGGGAUGGUGCUGCGUUUUUGGUGAACAAUAAGAAGGUUAUACCACUGUUUGUUGAGCUGUCCGGUAGAAUAAACUUCAACAGUAGUCCAGACAAGGAAAGAAGUGAUGAAGGAAAGAUUAUCAAGCAAUUUUUUUUUUAAAAAAAAAAAAG